UAGAAGCUACGAUGACAUUUUUAACAUUGUGCUAGAACAGGAAUGAACUAUCAGGACCAGUGCGAAGUGAUCAGUAUCACAAUUGCGAGAAAUCAUUGUACUGCAGAAUCGUAAGAAUUUGUUGAUUCCUAUAAUGAACGCUUUGAGUGUGUAUCUUGUCCUUACAUAUAUCCUUAUAAACCUUAUCGAAUGUCACAUUUGUUACAAUGGAUUAUUUAAUUGGGAUUAUUUAUUAAAAAACAAAGAAGACGUUGAACAGUUGGUCGACAAGAUAAGGCUGAAAAUUUACACUGGACGAUCAGACUGUAAUUUAAACUCGUACGAUACCUCCAUUGCUUAUCCUGAGAAUAUUCUUCAUGAAAUAGAUUUCAAAAAGCCAUUAGUUAUCUACCUGCAUGGAUUUCGGGAGCAUCCGUCCAAUGAAAGUGUACAAACUGUAGUUGGAGCUUACCUCGAUCGAGGUAAUGACAAUAUCCUGCUGGUGGAUUGGAGCGAUUUGGCAUUGGAACGUUAUAUAACUCUUGUUAUUAAAAUUAAAAUAAUAGGAAAAAUAAUAGCUGGAGCUUUGGAAAAACUUCUGUCCUACGGGAUAAAUGUCAAUACUUUGCAUAUCAUUGGGCAUUCGUUAGGUGCACAGAUAGCUGGAUUUAUUGGAAAGUAUAGUAACGUCCAGCUUCCAAGAAUAACAGGCUUAGAUCCGGCUAAACCAGGAUUUUAUGUACUGAAUUUACAGCACAUUGAUAAAACAGAUGCCAAAGUCGUUGAUAUCGUUCAUACCGAUGGCGGAGUCUAUGGUGCUUUUGUUCCAACCGGGUCUGUCGAUUUUUUUGCUAAUGGAGGAAGUAGACCUCAGCCAGGAUGUCCCUUUCUUACGAUACCAUUUACACCAGAAGAUUUUUGUAGCCACUGGAGAUCCUGGCGUUUUUACGCAGAAUCCGUUACAAACCCAUACGCUUUUAUGGCAGUAAAGUGUACAUCUUACACCAAUUUUAUUUCUGGAGCAUGCAAGGAUAACGAUAAAAUAUACUUUGGAUACGUCACUCCGCAUAACGCAUCAGGAAGCUAUUAUUUCAAUACCAACGCGCAGUACCCUUUUGGUCAAAAUCUAGUAUGAAUCUGGUCACACACGUUAAGCAGUUGUCUAUGUUAAAUUUCAACAUUUCAAUUCUCCAUUUUUUGCAUGUUUUCCAGAAUUUACUUAUAAUUUUAUUUAUUGACGAGGCUCUACAAGAUUCCCAGCUCUAGCAAAAUCAUUAAGAAGAGUUUCCCUAAAAAAGAGAUUCCAUCUUUAAUGUCGAUUUAAAAAUUGUUUUUGAAGCAUUCGUGUAUGGUUUGACGUUAAUUAUAUUCAUUAGGUUCUUCA